AUGCGCGGCCUAGGUGGCCAUGAGAUCGAAUCAAUUUCUUACGUCACAACAAUCAUACAAUUUCCUGAGGUAUCGGUAGAAGUGGAUUUAUACGUUGUCCCCAGUGGUUGCAUUACUGCUCCUAUUUUGAUAGGUACUGACGUGCUUAAUAGAAGCGGAAUGACAUACGUUCGGACUAAUGAGACCCAACGUUUGAGGAGGUUAGAAAAUAUACCGUCCGUGCUGCCAGUGUCUACAUUGGGGUUUGAUGAUAAUUACAUUAAUACACCCCUAUUAGGCGAGGAUAGAAAUUGUUUGUUACGCGUCAUCAAUGACUUUUCGAGUACUUUUGUCACCGGAACCGCAACCUCUACGGUAAAUACAGGUAGCAUGGACAUAAAACUAACUUCUACCGCGCCAAUAGUUCAUCGACCUUAUAAACUUUCGAUUGACGAGAAAAUUAGAGUGCGCGACAUAAUUAAUGACUUGAUGGAGAAGGGCAUCGUUCGAGAAUCACAAUCAGAGUACGCGAGUCCUAUCAUUCUCGUCAAGAAAAAGGACGGGAGUGAUAGGAUGUGCGUUGAUUACCGCGCGCUUAACGCUGUCACGGUUAAAGAACGGUUCCCUUUACCCCUUAUCGAUGACCACGUUGAUAAGCUUGGUGGCUUUAAAUACUUUACAAGCCUCGAUAUGGCGACGGGCUUCCACCAAAUACCCAUGAAAGAUGACGAGUCAAUAAGCAAAACUGCCUUUGUUACGCCCGAAGGGCACUUCGAAUAUUUAAAAAUGCCUUAUGGUCUAGCUAACGCCCCAAUAGUGUACCAAAGGAUCAUAUCAAAGACACUUAAGCCGUUCAUAGAUUCUGGUAGGGUGUUGACCUAUAUUGAUGACGUGUUGAUUUUAUCUAACACAGUGCAGGAGGGUAUUGAUCUGUUACGGCAGGUUCUACAAGUGCUUACUCAAGCAGGGUUCUCAGUUAACUUAAAAAAAUGUUCUUUUCUGUCCACUGAAGUUGAAUAUUUAGGACGGUUAGUGAGCAAUGGUCAGGUACGACCGAGCCCUAAAAAGGUGGAAGCGCUGGUAAAGUCUCCCAGACCUACCAAUGUUAGGGAGGUUCGCCAAUUCCUAGGCCUCGGCGGUUAUUUUCGCCGGUACAUUGCGGGAUAUUCAUCUAAGACUGCUCCUAUUGCGAAGCUUCUGCGAAAAGGUGAACCUUUCUCUUGGGGUCCAGAACAGGACAAGUCUCGCGAUUACGUUAUACACUGUUUGACGCACGAACCUGUUUUAGCGAUCUUUGACCCAGCUUUGCCAACAGAACUGCACACUGACGCCAGUUCAGUAGGGUUAGGUGCGAUACUAAUGCAGGAGCAUCCCGAUAAGAAGAAAAGGGUCGUUGGUUAUUACAGUAGAUCCACUCAGGGGGCUGAAUCACGAUACCACAGUUAUGAACUGGAGACGUUGGCAAUGGUUCGAGCACUCCAGCAUUUCCGUCAUUACUUGAUAGGUAUACAUUUUAAAAUUGUGACGGACUGUAACUCACUGAAGUUAACAGAACGGAAAAAAGACCUAUUGCCCCGUGUCGCCCGCUGGUGGGUCUAUCUCCAAGAUUUUAAUUUCACUUUAGAGUACAGAAAAGGCUUAUUUAUGCAGCAUGCCGAUUAUCUUAGUCGGAAUCCUCCUGCAAAUGUAUCUUAUAUCCGGAAUCAUAACAACUGGGCAAAGAUCGCUCAAACCGCGGACGAUGAGACACAAGGUCUUAUCACUAAGCUAAGAGAGAGUCAGUUAGAUCCCUCUAGGUAUGUUGUAAAAAAUGACCUGUUAUAUUAUAAGUACGUACCGACUGGCGAGGAACCGCGUUUUCUAUGCUACAUACCUAAGGGUCACCGGCUUAGCCUUUUAAGGAUAUUUCACGAUAAUCACGAUCACAUCGGUGCCGACAGAACGACGGAUUUAAUUUUACGUCAUUUUUGGUUUCCGGGCUUACGCCAAUUUGUUAGGAAAUAUGUUAAGCACUGUCUGGUUUGUUUGGCACAUAAGAAAGUCCCCAGAGCGCCACUACAACCAAUUGAAUCCUGGACCAAACCUGAUAUUCCCUUUUCCACUGUCCAUACUGACGUACUGGGACCACUGCCGGAAUCAAACGGGUAUAAGUUCGUGCUGCUCGUUAUUGACUCGUUUACGAAAUUCUGUCUGUUAUAUGGUAUUUACAGGCAAGACACUGAUGAAUUAAAACGAGUGUUCAGAAACGCAGUUUCGCUUUUUGGAGCCCCGUCUAUGAUAGUCUGUGAUCGCGGUCGAAUGUACGAUAGUACUGACUUUCAAAACUGGGUUAAUAAAAUCGGAAGUUCUCUUCACUACAUUACACCCGGUAUGCACAGGGAGAACGGACAGGUGGAGAGAUAUUGCCGUACCGUACUCAACAUGCUGCGAGUUGAAGUGGGGAAUAGAGGGGUACAAUGGUCUGACGUACUCUGGAGGGUACAGUUAACCCUCAAUAUCACCCGACAGUCUACCACCCAGGCAUCGCCACUACAGCUGCUCAUUGGUAUCGAUGCAGCAACUCCUGCGAUACGAUCCCUUGUGAGGGAUACUGCUUUGCAUGACUCUGGUACUAAUCGAGAGGCGUUAAUGACACUAAGGCGUCAACGCGCUGCUGAAAAUCUGACGGCUAAUCAACGGCGUCAAGACGCGUACGUCAACGAGGAUAGACGUCAACCUCGUGUGUACUCUGUAGGUGACUUUGUGUUUGUGUCUAAGAGUUCACAGAGCACCGGUAAACUGGACGCGGGCAUGCGCGGCCCCUAUAAGGUGGUGAGCGCGUUGCCACAUCAUCGUUACGAGCUGGAACUCCUGGCCGGGUCAUAUGGCAAAAGAACCCAGGCUGCCGCGGAAAACAUGGUGUUGUGGCAUGGCGAAUGGACGCCGGAGACUUGCGCAGCUUUCUUUCGGAGCGACGACCAUGAUGAACCUGGCGAUGGCCCGAAUGAUGAUGGUUCGGGAGAUGACGGUGAUACUCAACCCGCAGCUAUACACGCGGGCGAGGACGCGCCGCGGUCAGGAACGGCCGUCUUAGCAAGUCUCUGCUCACCCCAACCUAGCUGCAGCCGUGAUGCAUAAAUAGCAGCGCAAACGAACGCUCGGGCUCACUUUUUUGUCGGCGCUCGUGGAGUACGGACGGUUAUAGGAUCAAUUUAUAUUGUUUUGAUUGUCAUGGGCUAUUUUUGUCGGUAUUAGUGUUAAUUUGAUAAUUAGGUUGUAAAAUCAGUUAAGGAGUAUAAAAUAAUUUGUUUACUGAAAUCUUAUUUGUUAAAUAAAAUUAUUAGGUCAA